AUGAGUUCGGACACAGCAAGUGGGGAUUGCCUUGGAUGGGCAGCUAGAGAUCCAUCAGGAGUUUUGUCACCCUACACAUUCACCCGCAGGGCUCUAGGCAGUGAUGAUGUUUCAAUAAGGAUUACGCACUGUGGUGUUAGUUAUGCUGAUGUUCUUUGGACCAGAAACAAACAUGGAAAUGCCUUGUACCCUGUUGUUCCCGGGCAUGAGAUUGCCGGGGUUGUGAAAGCGGUUGGUUCUAAUGUUCAUCAGUUCAAAGUCGGAGAUCAUGUCGGAGUCGGAACUUACAUCAACUCUUGCAGAGAAUGCGAGUUUUGCAAUAAUAACCUUGACAUUUAUUGCGAAAAGGGUGCGCUUUACACCUUUAAUGGCGUUGACGCUGAUGGUACCGUUACAAAAGGAGGCUAUUCCACUUACAUAGUUGUCCAUAACAGGUACUGCUUUAGAAUACCAGACAACUAUCCCUUGGCUUCAGCAGCACCUCUACUCUGUGCCGGGAUCACUGUAUAUUCUCCGAUGAUGCGCCACAAGAUGAAUCAACCGGAAUCUCUGGGAGUCGUUGGGCUUGGUGGCCUUGGUCACAUGGCUGUCAAGUUUGGCAAAGCUUUUGGCCUGAACGUAACUGUUUUCAGCACAAGCAUUUCCAAGAAAGAGGAAGCUUUGAAUCUUCUUGGUGCAGACAAGUUUGUUGUCUCAUCUGACCAAGAUCAGAUGAAAGCCCUUGAAAAGUCAUUAGACUUCAUAGUUGAUGCAGCUUCUGGUGAUCAUUCAUUUGAUCUCUACAUGUCGCUGUUGAAGAGUACUGGAGUUCUUCUAGCCUUAGUGGGAUUGCCAAGUGAAAUCAAAUUGAGUCCCUUGAACCUUCUUCUGGGAAUGAAAACCAUUUCCGGCAGUGCAGUUGGUGGUCCAAAAGAGACGCAAGAAAUGAUAGACUUUUGUGCUGCAAAGGGAAUAUACCCGAACAUAGAAAUCGUUCCAAUUCAGUAUGCAAACGAAGCUCUAGAGAGACUGAUAAAAAGGAAUGUCAAGUACCGAUUUGUGAUUGAUAUCGAGAACUCAUUGAAAUGA